AAAAAAUGUAAUUCCAUUGUGAAUUUCAAUAGCAGUUGGUGAAACUGAUGAUAUCUGUCAAACCAGCUGAUGUCACUUGUGUUUUUUUUGUGUGCGGCAUAAAGGAAAAACAGUGUAUAUUCUUCAAAAUCAUCGUAUUAUAUAUACACUUUUAUUCCAAGGUUCAAACGUUUAUUUUUUGUUUCCAAUUAAUUAAUCCAUUGCUAUGGCAUCUGCGAUGGACGUGGAUGAGGAAGUAGUCGAGUUGCCUUCCAGCAGCUCCAAAGGCGAAAAAAAGAGAUUCGAAGUGAAGAAGUGGAAUGCUGUGGCUCUUUGGGCGUGGGACAUUGUGGUGGACAACUGUGCCAUCUGCCGGAACCAUAUCAUGGAUCUGUGCAUUGAGUGUCAGGCAAAUCAGGCAUCAGCAACUAGCGAAGAGUGCACAGUGGCUUGGGGUGUUUGCAAUCAUGCAUUCCAUUUCCAUUGCAUUUCAAGGUGGUUGAAGACCAGACAGGUUUGUCCACUAGACAACAGGGAAUGGGAAUUCCAAAAGUACGGGCAUUAAAUAACAACUACAUAUUUCACGCCUCUUUGCAAUUGGAUCAGGCUGGAAGAACGCCAAUCUCGUCAUCAUUAAUUUAAUGAUUUUUGUAAACAACAUUUAUUACCACUUUGUCUUUUCUCGUUUCAAAAUCGCUGUAGGAAGAAACCAAAAACAAUAUCAAUCAAAUAUUUAUUAUUGAAAUGCUAUUUUCUUUCUUAUAUAUUUUUCGACGUUCGGCUCAUGGUUUUCGUUUGUGUUGAAUAAAUGGACUGUAUAUUUCACA